GGCUCUGAGCCGGUGCUGGAUGUCUGCCCAGAGCCGCUCAGCUCAGCGGGGCUCCGCCACACAGCAGUUGCGGAGCCGGGAUGAGGUGCGUGUCGCUGUCUUUUGUGCGGCUUCGGUGCUUCGAUUUGAGAUGCGAUUUAACAGCCAAAAAAACUAACAAUACAAUCUGCGUUCACCGAAAAGGAAACAAGUUCCACUCCGGUGGUAAAUGAGCGUGGAGACUGUGGACAGAUGAGAGUCGGGAGAAAGUAAAUUUUGAGCAUUUGGAAGCUGUUCGGCUCUUUGUGCUGCGGGUUGCAGCUUUUGCUCUUUUGGGUAGAAAGGCCUCCAAGAUAGAUUCCCUAAGGAGUAAAGUGGACUUGCUGCGCCUCCCUCUGGCCCUCUCCACCAAGUCCAUCAGCAAUCGUAAGAGCCAGCUGGGCGUGGUCUGGGAGAAAGGCGGCGGCUCGGGGGCAGGAGUGGCCCGGAAUCACCGCCCACCGCCGGUCUCCGACAUGGACAACGAGUCUACGUACUCGGGCUACUCCUACAAGUCGUCCCAGUCGCGAAGCUCCCGCAAACACAGGGACAGGAGGGACAGACAUCGCUCGAAGAGUCGCGACAGCACCAUCCGCGGAGACAAAUCGGUGACCAUCCAGGCUCCAGGAGAGCCGCUGUUGGACCCCGAGUCCACCAGAGGAGACGACAGGGAUGACAACUGGGGCGAGACCACCACGGUGGUUACCGGCACCUCCGUGGACAGCGUCUCCAAUGAGGACCUGACACGCAUGUCAAAGGACCUUGAGGAUUCAUCGCCACUAGAGUGUCGGCGUUACCUCAGCCCAGUGUUGGGCGCCGUCCUGGGGCUCUUUGCUCUCAUCACUCCCCUUGCCUUCUUGGCCCUCCCACAGCUCCUCUGGCGGGAUGAACUGGCACCUUGCGGCACACCGUGUGAGGGCCUCUACAUUUCUCUGGCCUUCAAGCUCCUGAUCCUCCUCAUCUCCACCUGGACGCUGUUUCUGCGCCCGCCCAGAGCCACUCUGCCGCGCUUCUUCAUCUUCCGCUCUCUGCUGCUGGCUUUGGUCUUCCUCUUCGUGGCGUCCUAUUGGCUCUUUUACGGGGUGCGGGUGCUGGAGCCCAGAGAGACAGACUACAGGGGGAUUGUGGGAUAUGCAGCGUCUCUGGUGGACGCGCUGCUGUUCAUCCAGUACCUGGCCCUGGUGCUGCUGGAGGUCCGACAUCUGCAGCCCGCUUUCUGUCUGAAGGUUGUGAGGACUACAGACGGACAUAGUCGCUUCUACAACGUGGGACAUCUCAGUAUUCAGAGGGCAGCAGUGUGGGUUCUGGACCAGUACUACAGUGACUUCCCAGUCUAUAACCCUGCCAUACUCAACCUGCCCAAAUCCAUCCUCUCCAAGAAGAUGUCUGCCUUCAAGGUUUACAACUUGGGGGAAGAGAACAACACCAAUAACUCGACGGGUCAGUCCAGAACUAUGAUUGCAGCCGCGGCUCGGAGAAGAGACAAUUCCCACACCGAGUUCUACUAUGAGGAGGCAGAAGUGGAGCGCAGGCUCCGCAAACGAAAGGCCAGACUGGUGGUGGCAGUAGAAGAAGCAUUUACCCACAUCAAGCGUCACCAGGACGAAGAGGCAACCACGUCCUCCCCCAAACACCCUCGGGAGGUGAUGGACCCCAGGGAGGCGGCCCAGGCCAUAUUUGCCCCCAUGGCGAGGGCCAUGCAGAAGUACCUCCGCGCCACCAGGCAGCAGUCCUACCACAGCAUGGAGAGCAUCAUCAACCACCUGCAGUUCUGCAUCACACACAACAUGACUCCCAAGGCUUUCCUUGAGCGUUUCCUCAACCCAGGCCCCACCCUCCAGUACCUGGACACCAGCAGGGGGCGCCAGUGGACACUAGUGAGUGAGGAGCCGGUCACCACUGCUCUCCAUCAAGGCCAAGUCUUCUCCCUGAGACGUCUCGACUUCUCGCUGGUCGUCACGGUGACGCCCCUCCCUUUCCUGCGCCUGGGCGAGGAGUUCAUUGACCCCAAAAGGCACAAGUUUGUCAUGAAGCUCCAGUCGGAGACAUCCGUGUAGGACGAGGAGGCUGAAACAAACAUACUAAUCUUAGUGCUUUCAGGGUAUUUUUUUUUAUUUUUUAUUAAUACCUGUUUAGUUUGUUUUUUGUUAAGCGUGACACCCAAGAAUUACGAAAAGAAAAGACAACAUAAUCUCAGACAUUGUUACUCAAACAAACUUUUUUUAGACUCAAAGUGUGACUGUUAACUUUUGAUAUUGCACUACAGACUGCUUCCAGUUCCCAUGAUACUGAAGAAUUCUUUUGGUUUUUUUAGGGGUUUUUCAACACUUCUUUAAUAAAAUACAUUGUUUUGAUGAAAGAAAUUUUUAUUCUUCAGUUGAAAGAAUGACUACUUGUGUCUAUCAAUGGGAUUCAGAAGAAUAUACCCAUGUAGGGUCUGUGUUAAAUAAAAUAUUUUGAGUGUGCACUGACCUUUUUUAAUGCACACUCUUUGUCAGAGCUAAUCUUACUUCUCUUUUCCCUUUUGUACUUGAACCUUUUGUUGUCGUAUUUGGCCUUUACAGACAGACAGACAGACAGACAGACAGAAUCAGGUGAUGACCCAAUGGUCCGCUGGUCUUGUAUCCCCUUUUGGACAUUGAAUGGAUUCACUGACUGAAUUAUUCUUUUCUCUUUUUGUUUUCUGAAUAGUUUACUGAAAAGUGGAUAUGCUUACUGUACACACUAAAAGUUAGAAAUAAACACUGGAUGGACUUUUAAUGCACUGAUCAUUUCAUCAGGGCAUUGUUUGUAAUAUUUCCUUUUCAGGUUUUAUUGAAUCACUUCUCAUUUCUGGAGAAGCCACAGAAAUGCACUCCUGCACUGAGAACUAAUCUAACUUUCUGACCAAUUAAUGUAUGUGUGAUACUUGUAACAAACUACUAGUGAUACUGGUAACAAACGUCUAGUGAUACUGGUUACAAAUGUUUUCUCCUACAUACGAGGUUUGAAUUGGACUUGAUGAACUCAAGCACAAUACAGCCAUGUACUUCCAAUGUAUUUCUAUUUGGCAGCUUGAUGGUAAUUACUGUCUCUGUUAUAUUUAAAGUGAGUGUGUUAAUUUCUGUGUGUGGUUGAGCAUGGCUGGAUCACUAACCGGACAAAAUCAGCAACUGCCUAAUGGCCUGGACCAAAAAGCCUUAAGAGUUUCUCUUUGUACGUAAUUUGAUGACUGCUAGUUUUGUUUUUGAAAUAUUUCACUGCGGAAGUACAAUAUAUAUUAAGACAGGUUCUCCAUUACUUGACCUUGUGGCUCUGUCUUGUGGAAGUGGCCUCUGUCAAAUUAUAAUGUUCAAGACCUUAAAGUGCUUCCCCGAUUUAGCAUGGCAAGAGGAGUGCAUCCUUUUGCCAUUGCUGGACUUGUGAUAGACAAUACAAAACGGUUCAAAGUCAAUGCUGCAGAAUCAGAACUAUCUUUUAAUUCCACACAUUCUUCAAGCCACAAAAGGCUUUACUCAGUACAACUUUUUUCCCAAGACCCGCAA